AUGACAAUUACUGGUCGACCAAAGUAUGCCAUGCUCAAGUACCUCAUGGACAGCCACCUCACAACCAGCACAUCGUACUGGGCGAGAAUCGGAGAGAUUGGAGACAUUGACAUGGCCAUUGAGUACGGCCGUCGUCCGAAAGUUGUGGAAGCAUUGGUGUCAAUUCGUGAAGGUGUCGAUCAAAUGAUGAGGCAAGCGAUCUUGGAGAAUCAGACACAUCUCAUCACGCACAUGAAUACCAAUCAUCCAACUUUGAUAUCACCAAUUAGCUACCGUCAAUACACCGUUGAGUGUGGAAACGUGGAACAAGUCGAAAUGAUUUUUGGAUUGGCACCAGUGUCAAUCAACUUUAGAAAUUAUGUCAAAAAGACUAGCGUAUCAAGUGUCUUUGAGAAUGGUCACGAGGACGAUACCAUGUACCUGAUUUUGAAGAAGGUACUCUUGAAUGACAAUGUGAAUCGUAUCUCAUUGUUGGAAUGUAUACUCAAACACUUUGGUCAAGAGGUCUUGGAACGAAUCAAAUCAACCAUUCUUCCUCUGUUCACCAUGGAUUUGGUCAGACGACAAGAUCAUUUAAUGUUACAGUAUUUAUUGGAUAUUGGUGCCGCUCUCCAACUAAAAGGUGUCAAAACAUGCACUCAAUUCAAGUCGGACACAAUCAUUCAAUCAAUAUUCACACAGUACAAGGAGCAACAAGCAAUGAACAAGAAGAGAGGCCGAGGAGGAAGUAGCGGAGAUAGCCAAGUCGAUAACACAACCAUUCAACAACAGCCACCAACAAAGAUUAACAAGAACGACAACAUAAAAUAA